AUGAGUCAUUUACUCACUCUCGCUUUCUCCUUCUUCUUCCUCUCUAACUCACCACUCCUCCAUGUCGACGCCGUACCGGAGCGGGAGCUCCGAUCUCUCCUCGAGUUUCGUAAAGGAAUCCGUGACGAAACCUCUAACCAACGAAUCUCAUGGUCCGACACAAGCAGCCUCUCCGAUCCCAACACUUGCCCUAAUGAUUGGCCUGGAAUCUCAUGCGACCCAGGAACCGGCUCAAUCGUCGCCAUUAACCUCGACCGUCGUGGUCUCUCCGGCGAACUCAAGUUCAGUACACUCACCGGCCUCACUUCUCUCCGUAACCUCACACUAUCCGGAAACAGCUUCUCCGGUCGGGUCGUUCCUUCGUUGGGUGGGAUUUCUUCGCUUCAACACUUAGAUCUGUCAGAUAAUGGAUUCUACGGACCUAUUCCGGGUCGGAUCUCGGAUCUAUGGGGUUUGAAUUAUCUCAAUCUCUCUUCCAACAAGUUCCAAGGUGGUUUUCCGAGUGGUUUCCGUAACCUUCAGCAACUAAGAUCUUUGGAUUUGCACAGGAAUGAGAUUUGGGGUGAUGUAGGUGAGAUUUUCACUGAGCUUAAGAACGUCGAGUUCGUUGAUUUGAGCUGUAAUCGUUUCCAUGGAGGCUUGUCAUUACCUAAAGACAACAUUUCCAGCAUUUCCAACACUCUCCUUCACUUGAAUUUGAGCCACAAUGCGUUAAACGGUGGGUUUUUCAAGUCAGAAUCCAUCAGUUUGUUCAAGAAUCUCGAGGUUUUGGACUUGGAGAACAAUCAGAUCAAUGGUGAGUUGCCUCCUUUUGGAUCACAGCCGAAUUUGAAGAUCUUGAAGCUUGCUCGUAACCAGUUGUUCGGUACAGUGCCGGAAGAGUUGUUGCAGAGUUCGAUUCCUUUGCAGGAGUUAGAUCUCAGUCGAAAUGGUUUCACAGGAUCAAUUAGUGAAAUCAAUUCAACAACUUUGACUAUGUUGAAUCUUUCUUCUAAUGGCUUGUCUGGGGAUCUUCCGUCGGGUUUGAAAAGAUGCUUAGUGAUAGAUCUGAGUGGGAAUAUGUUCUCAGGCGAUGUAUCUGUUGUUCGGAAAUGGGAAGCUACUCCAGAUUUACUUGAUCUGAGCUCAAACAACUUGUCGGGAAGCUUGCCAAACUCUACUUCUGCAUUUUCAAGAUUAAGUGUGUUGAACAUCAGAAAUAACUCUGUGGGUGGUAGCUUGCCUUCUCUGUGGGAUGAUUCAGGGUUUUCUCAGUUCUCUGUCAUUGAUCUGAGUUCAAAUAAGUUCAGCGGCUCCAUUCCGGGAAGUUUCUUCACUUUUGCAAGUUUGAAAAGUCUGAAUCUUUCGAUGAAUAACUUGGAUGGACCAAUUCCUUUUCGAGGUUCACGUGCAAGUGAACUUUUGGCUGUAAGUUUUGAUCCUCAGAUGGAGUUGCUUGAUCUCUCAACCAAUUCUUUGACGGGUAUGUUGCCUGGGGAUAUAGGUACAAUGGAAAGAAUUAAGGUGCUGAAUCUUGCAAAUAAUAAGCUGUUCGGGGAACUUCCAAGCGACCUCAACAAGCUCAGUGGCCUUGAGUACCUUGACUUGUCAAACAAUAGUUUUAAGGGUCAGCUUCCUGAUAAGCUUCCUUCCCGAAUGGUGGGAUUUAAUGUGUCCUAUAAUGACCUAUCAGGCAUAAUCCCAGAAGAGCUGAAAAGCUACCCACAUUCAUCAUUUUUUCCUGGCAACUCCAAGCUAAAUCUCCCUGGUGGGAUUCCAGUGGAUUCUACUGGUGUGUCUUUACCUGGGAAAGAUCAUAAGCUGAGCAUAAGAAUAGCAAUUAUUGUUGCUUCAGUUGGAGCUGCUGUUAUGAUUCUUUUUGUCUUGUUUGCCUAUCAUCGAACACAGCUCAAGGGCUUUCAUGGGAGGAGUAGAUAUACUGACCAAGCCACGACUAGAGAUGCCAAGUUUGGACGCUCUUCUCGUCCUUCAUUUCUCAACUUUGGCACAAAUGUUGAGCACCAGUCAUCGUCUUUGAGCUUCUCAAACGAUCACUUGCUCACCGCAAAUUCAAGGUCGUUGUCCGGGAUACCCGGAUUUGAAGCUGAAAUUUCGGAGCAGGGUUUGGCCACUACUUCAGCCACUACAAAUCCUAACCUCCUUGAUGAUUACCCUGCAACAUCUGGACGGAAAUCUUCUUCAGGAGGCUCCCCAUUAUCCUCUUCACCCCGAUUUAGCGACCAGCCUGUGAUGUUAGAUGUUUACUCCCCCGAUCGAUUGGCUGGUGAACUCUUCUUUUUAGAUAUUUCAUUGAAACUCACUGCAGAAGAGUUAUCCCGAGCUCCUGCGGAAGUUCUAGGUAGAAGCAGCCAUGGAACACUAUACAAAGCAACACUGGAUAACAGACAUAUGUUGUCGGUGAAAUGGUUGAGAGUUGGACUCGUGAGGCAUAAGAAAGAUUUCGCGAGGGAAGCUAAAAAAAUCGGUUCAUUAAAACAUCCGAAUAUUGUUCCGUUGCGUGCAUACUACUGGGGUCCCAGAGAACAAGAGAGGCUUCUCCUUUCUGAUUACAUGAGCGGAGAAAGUUUGGCCAUGCAUCUAUACGAGACUACUCCUCGGAGAUACUCACCAAUGUCCUUCAGCCAAAGACUAAACGUUGCAGUUGAAGUGGCUCGAUGUCUUCUCUAUCUUCAUGACAGAGCAAUGCCACACGGGAACUUAAAGCCAACAAACAUAAUCCUCACAAGUCCAGACAAUACCGUGCGAAUAACCGAUUACUGCAUUCACCGUCUGAUGACUCCAUCUGGUGUAGCGGAACAGAUACUAAACAUGAGUGCACUCGGUUACUCUGCUCCUGAACUCACCUCAGCUUCUAAACCGAUACCAACACUCAAAUCCGAUGUCUACGCAUUCGGUGUGAUCCUUAUGGAGCUUUUGACUAGAAGAAGCGCGGGUGACAUAAUCUCCGGUCAGUCAGGAGCGGUUGAUCUGACCGAUUGGGUACGGUUAUGUGAUCAAGAAGGUAGGAGAAUGGAUUGCAUAGACAGAGACAUUGCAGGUGGGGAAGAAUUCUCAAAGGCGAUGGAUGAUGCACUUGCAGUCGCAAUCAGAUGCAUUGUCUCUAUAAAUGAAAGGCCUAACAUCAGACAAGUUCUUGAUCAUCUUAGCUCAAUUUCAGCUUGA